AGGAAGAGGAGGCGGGAUCUGGGCGCUGCGUUGGCUGCGGUCUGGCAUCAAGGGGGCGGCCCUGGCGGAGUGCAGACCCAGGGGCCCUCGGAGAUUAUGGACCCGGCCGAGGCGGUGCUGCAGGAAAAAGCGCUCAAGUUUAUGUGCUCUAUGCCCAGGUCUCUGUGGCUGGGCUGUUCCAGCCUGGCGGACAGCAUGCCUUCGCUGCGAUGCCUGUAUAACCCAGGGACUGGCGCACUCACAGCUUUCCAGAAUUCCUCAGAGAGAGAAGACUGUAAUAAUGGCGAACCCCCUAGGAAGAUAAUACCAGAGAAGAAUUCACUUAGACAGACUUAUAACAGCUGUGCCAGACUCUGCUUAAACCAAGAAACAGUAUGUCUAGCAAGCACUGCUAUGAAGACUGAAAAUUGUGUGGCCAAAUUCUAUCUCCAGUCACAUCAGCUAAUGGUGGCCCAACAAACAAAACUUGCCAAUGGCACUUCCAGUAUGAUUGUGCCCAAACAACGGAAACUCUCGGCAAGCUAUGAGAAGGAAAAGGAACUGUGUGUCAAAUAUUUUGAGCAGUGGUCAGAGUCCGAUCAAGUGGAAUUUGUGGAACAUCUUAUAUCCCAAAUGUGUCAUUACCAACAUGGGCACAUAAACUCGUACCUUAAACCUAUGCUGCAGAGGGAUUUCAUAACUGCUCUGCCAGCUCGGGGUUUGGAUCACAUUGCUGAGAACAUUCUGUCAUACCUGGAUGCCAAAUCACUAUGUGCUGCUGAACUUGUGUGCAAAGAAUGGUACCGAGUAACAUCUGAUGGCAUGUUAUGGAAAAAGCUCAUCGAGAGAAUGGUCAGGACAGAUUCUCUGUGGAGAGGCCUGGCAGAACGAAGAGGAUGGGGACAGUAUUUAUUCAAAAACAAACCUCCUGAUGGGAAUGCUCCUCCCAACUCUUUUUAUAGAGCACUUUAUCCUAAAAUCAUACAAGACAUUGAGACAAUAGAAUCUAAUUGGAGAUGUGGUAGACAUAGUUUACAGAGAAUCCACUGCCGAAGUGAAACAAGCAAAGGAGUUUACUGUUUGCAGUAUGAUGAUCAAAAGAUAGUAAGCGGCCUUCGAGACAACACUAUCAAGAUCUGGGAUAAAAGCACGUUGGAAUGCAAGAGAAUUCUCACAGGCCACACGGGUUCUGUCCUAUGUCUCCAGUAUGACGAGAGGGUGAUUAUAACUGGAUCAUCGGAUUCUACAGUCAGGGUGUGGGAUGUAAAUACAGGUGAAAUGCUAAACACGUUGAUUCAUCAUUGUGAAGCAGUUCUGCACUUACGUUUCAAUAAUGGCAUGAUGGUGACCUGCUCCAAAGACCGUUCCAUUGCUGUAUGGGAUAUGGCCUCCCCAACUGACAUCACCCUCCGGAGGGUGCUAGUCGGACACAGAGCUGCCGUCAAUGUUGUAGACUUUGAUGACAAGUACAUUGUUUCUGCAUCUGGAGAUAGGACUAUAAAGGUAUGGAACACUAGUACUUGUGAAUUUGUGAGGACCUUAAAUGGACACAAACGUGGCAUCGCCUGUUUGCAGUACAGAGACAGGCUGGUCGUUAGUGGUUCAUCUGACAACACUAUCAGAUUAUGGGACAUAGAAUGUGGUGCAUGUUUACGAGUGUUAGAAGGCCAUGAGGAAUUGGUGCGCUGUAUUCGAUUUGAUAAUAAAAGGAUAGUCAGUGGGGCCUAUGAUGGGAAAAUUAAAGUGUGGGAUCUUGUAGCUGCUUUGGACCCCCGUGCUCCUGCAGGGACUCUUUGUCUACGGACUCUUGUGGAGCAUUCUGGAAGAGUUUUCCGACUCCAGUUUGAUGAAUUCCAGAUUGUCAGUAGUUCACACGAUGAUACAAUCCUCAUCUGGGACUUUCUAAAUGAUCCAACUGCCCAAGCUGAACCCCCCCGCUCCCCUUCUCGAACAUACACCUAUAUCUCCAGAUAAAUAAUCAUACACUGACCUCAUACUUGCCCAGGACUCAUUAAAGUUGCGGUAUUUAACGUAUCUGCCAAUACCAGGAUGAGCAACAACAGUAACAAUCAAAAUAUUACCCACUUUCCCCGGACUAGCCGAGGAGUGGGGCUUUGAGACUCCUGUUGGGACACAGUGGUCUGCAGUCGACUCAGGAGGGUCUACUCAGCACAGCUGACUGCUUCCGUGCUGCUAUCAGAUGUCUUUUAUCUUUCGUGAAUGAUUAGAACUUUUAAACCUCACCUCACUUCCCCUCCUCCUUUCCCUUGUGCACCUGUUUUUCCCUCAUUUGGUUCCAGACAAAGAUGACUUAUAAAUAUAUUUAAUGUUUUGCCAGAA